AUUCACUUCAAAAGUAAAGGGCGCGUGUUCUGUGCUGAGAUUUUUUUUGAUAAAGGAUUCACUUGCGAAAGCAUGUGUUCCACACGAAUAGCAAUGGCAUUCCAGGAUUUAAGGAUUACCUGGACACUGCUGGCGAUGCUGGUCGUAGUUCGACAAACGUAUGGCAUUUACGACCCGCGAACCAACUCCGGUCCAAAUGUAAACAUGAUGCCCCAAGUCCACGGAGACUACAGUAAGGUGCACACUCACAAAUCUCGUGCGUAUGAACCAAACUACGCCCGAAGCGACCACAAUCUGCACUAUCACUCGUCUGCGUCCAGUCACCAACCCGUAUAUGUACCGGCCUCUUCAACACCCACUCGAACGGAACCUCCCGUUCAGCAGCAUCGUUCGGAAAAGCUUCAAUCUCCAAACUACGGUUACGGCAACGAAAACGCUAUCCUGGAUGCCAGCAAUCCAAAACUUAGGAAUAAGCAACCAACCGAUGGCGGCGAUACCUUUUCCGGAUUACAGUGCCCCCCUCUGCAAUCGGGGCAGUUUGUCUACAUAAUGGAUUGUAGACAGUUUUUAAACUGUUGGAAAGGUCGCGGAUAUAUACAGAGCUGUGCUCCGGGCACGCUGUUCAACCCGGACACGAGACAAUGCGAUCAACCAUCUAAGGUAAACUGCAUCACGUCCUCCACGAUGGACGACUACCGGAGUUUGGCCAGGCUAAGGAAACCGAAAAGCGCUCAGUUGGCGGCCUACGAACAGGGUGAUUAUGACGAUAAUUCCUAUCAACCUUCGAGCGCAGUACAGAUCCGAUGUCCACCGGACGUUAUAGGACUACGAGCCCAUCCGACUGACUGCAGAAAGUUCUUGAACUGUAACAACGGAGCUACCGCGAUUCAGGACUGUGGACCAGGCACGGCCUUCAACCCAAUGAUAUCCGUGUGCGAUCACAUCCACAACGUGGACUGUAACAGGAAUGAAAAUCUAGUUCAACAUGGCCCAACCAAGCCAACCAAUCCGGAUGCGGAGGAGAUCGACGUUGAAAAUGUGACAUACGACAUUGACAUACGUUUCCAGGUUGACGAAAAGCCACUGACAAAUUCUGCCCCGAACAUUCCUCUCCAAGCUUCAAGACCUAUUUAUCAGCGACCGGCAGCUAGUGACAUACGGCCUGUCUACGUAGCACCUCCGAGCACCACACCAUCCACUACGACCCCAAAGAUGAACCAAGCCAACACUAGAUUCAAUCCAACCUACUACCAAUCGGGGGUCACUCCCAAUUCCCGAGAACUGUCAUUUGGCACUACAGAACUGCCGCUCAGUGAAGCUUUAAAAAUGCUCCUCAAACCAUACAUGGGUAGCAAAGAUGUCGCCAUGAACAUGACCGGUCUCCAUUCUAAGAUGGACCCGACCACAACUCCACCCGCUCAACCAUCUGACCUAAACGUCCUGGGAAUCAAUCAAAGCCCCAAGACUUCCGCAUACAUUGCAUCACCAUACGAAAUCAACUCCCAGCUGGGUGGUUACCAAUCUGUCGUCUACGGAAUGCCAACCAACAGACCUCCGGUACCUUACCAACCCCCGUACUUCAAUUCAAACCUCAACCGGCAGCACGCCGCGGCACCAUUUGUACCCCAACAACAGCAACGAUUCUAUCCUGCCGUCCGACCACGGAGUACCACACCACCUCCAGCUAUCAGAAGCCGUUUUGGCGAGGGUUCUUCCCAGUGGCGACCGAUGGCUACCAUCACAACCACCCAACGCCCCACGACGACUGCUGAUCCAUGCGAGGGAAAGUUCCUUUGUGGUAAUGGCCGAUGUAUCGACCAGGCCAAGGUUUGCAACGGGAAGGACGACUGUGGAACUCGAGCUGACGAAGGGAACUGUAGCCACAUUGGCUACGAAGUGCGGCUGUCCAACAAACACCACGGACGAGUGGAAAUGAAGGUGUUCAACAAAUGGGGCUACGUAUGCGACGAUAACUUCAGUUUGGAAGCUGGAAAUGUGCUUUGUCGGGAGCUGGGCUACGAAUCCGGUGCCUUGGAGCUGAAGCCGAAUUCGUUCUACCCGGCGAAUUCCGCCUUGAUGAAGAAUGAUGGAACUCCGAUAUUCAUCAUGGACGAGGUCAGAUGUAACGGCAAUGAGAGCUCCUUGAGAGAAUGCGACUUUUCCGGGUGGGGUGUGCACGACUGUAAUGCCGAGGAAGUGCUGGGCUUGGUUUGUAAGACUCCUGUGAUGACUUGCCCGAACGACUACUGGCUUUGUGACACAUCGGCCGAGUGCGUUCCGGUGAGUUUCCUGUGCGAUAAUGUUAACGACUGCGCGGACGGUUCGGACGAGAGUGUCACCCAUUGCAAUGCUCCACUGGAGAUUAGAUUGAUGGACGGUCCAACCAAGCAGGAAGGUCGUGUUGAAGUCAAGUACCGAGGAAUCUGGGGCACCAUAUGUGACGACGAUUUCGGAAUUCAUGAAGCACGCGUAGUCUGCCGGCAAAUUGGGUACAACGGGACGGCAGAAGUGCGCAAGAACAAGUACAAACAGGGCACGGGCCAAAUUUGGCUUGAUCAGGUGGCCUGCAACGGUAACGAGUCCUCGAUUGACGAUUGCAUACAUUGGCACUGGGGUGAGCACAACUGUGGACACGGUGAGGAUGUGGGCAUCAAGUGUGGACUGUCGCAAACGCCUAGGCCAACUUCGGCACAACUUCGGGCAUCUGGUAAAUCGUUCAAGUUUGACUUCGUUGAAAAGUCCAGCAAAAUCUACCCGGAUAGCUGCGGACAGUUGAAGAUCGAUCCAAGCCUUGUGAAACCAUCGUACGGUUCUCGGGUGGUUCACGGUGGAGAAACCGUGUAUGGCCACCAUCCGUGGCAAGCUGCCUUGAGGGCUAAGAAGCAAGGCAAGUCCGUACAUUGGUGUGGAGCAGUGUUGAUUUCCAAGCACCACAUCUUGACGGCAGCUCACUGCUUGAUCGGUUAUCCGAAGGGAGCGUACAUGAUUCGUAUCGGUGACUACAAUACGGAUGCGCUGGAGCAGGCGGAGAUCGAUAUCUUCAUCGAGGAUUACUACAUCCAUGAGAACUUCCGAGUGGGACAUCACAUGAACAACGACAUUGCUGUGAUACUGUUGAAGACGCCGAUCAGAUUCAGCGAAUUUGUCCAGCCGGUUUGUCUGCCGUCGAAGGGCCAGCCCUACCAAGAGGGCAUGAACUGUACGAUUUCCGGAUGGGGUUCGACGCAGUCCGGUUCGUCUGUCCACUCCUUGGAGCUGAGAGCCGCCAAGGUUCCGCUGCUUUCGGACGCCACGUGCAACCAGCCGGAAGUGUACGGUAACAACAUCACCGAGGGAAUGUUCUGCGCCGGUGCCCUGGACGGCGGUGUUGACGCUUGCGAAGGCGAUUCCGGUGGGCCGUUGGUGUGCAACAGUGAACGUGGUCACACACUGUACGGAAUCAUUUCCUGGGGUCUUCACUGCGGCUAUGCCAACAAGCCCGGAGUCUACGUGAAGGUGGCCCACUAUCUGGAUUGGAUCGAACAAAAGUUGAAGCAAUCGCUGCACAUGUACGGUGUGUAGCCGGGCAUUGACGUACCUUAAUACCAGACCAAAGUAAAAUACUCAAAUCUAUAGGGAGUAGUCAAUAGAGAAAUGAAAAAAAGGUCUACUGAAUUUUACUAUUUUUAUAUGAAUAAAAAUAAUGUUUUUUUUAUUAUACACAA